AUGAAGUUUCUUCAUUCAUUAUUCUUCCUUUAUCUUUGCAUUUCUCUUUUCCCUUCUUUUUCCUCCUCUACCAUACUAUUUCAGGGUUUCAACUGGGCAUCAGUUGAAAAAGAAGGAGGAUGGUGGAAUUUCUUGAAGACUAAGGUACCUGAUAUAGCAGAUGCUGGUGUUGAAUAUGUCUGGCUUCCUCCUCCCUCCAACUCUCGUGAUGACGGUCCUCAAGGUUACCUGCCUAAAAGAUUAUAUGAUCUUGACACGUCAAAGUAUGGCAACAAGGAGGAACUGAAGUCACUAGUUGCAGCAUUUCGUGAUCGAGGAGUGAAAUGCAUAUCUGACAUAGUCAUAAACCAUAGAACAGCAGAGAGGCUGGACAACAAUGGACUUAGCAUCUUCGAAGGUGGUACUCCCGACACUCGCCUAGAUUGGGACGUGUCCUACAUUUGUAGCAACGAUGUCCAAUUCAAAGGCAGGGGCAACCCCGACACAGGUGAGGAUUGGCCAGGUGCACCCGACAUCGAUCACACGAAUCCAAAAGUACAACAAGAGCUAUCAGAUUGGAUGAACUGGUUGAAAACAGAAGUUGGUUUUGUAGGAUGGAGACUAGACAUGGUUGUCGGAUAUGCUCCAAGGUUUGCAAAAACCUACGUGGAGAAAACAUCCCCUGAUUUCGCGGUUGGAGAGCUUUACCGAGACGUCGAAUUGGGUUCAGAUGGAAAACCAUUGGCUAACCAAGACGCGCACCGCAAAACUUUGGUUAAUUGGGUUAAUGAUGCUGGUGGCGUUGUAACUACUUUUGAUUUUACUACGAAAAUGAUUUUAGGUGCUGCAGUUGAAGGUGAGCUUUGGAGGAUGAAAGAUGCUAAUGGAAAACCACCGGGGAUGAUUGGAAUAAUGCCAUCAAAUGCAGUUACUUUUGUGGAUAAUCAUGAUACUGGUUCUCAGAAAAAAUGGCCAUUUCCAUCUGAUAAAGUUAUGUUGGGUUAUGUUUACAUUCUUACUCAUCCUGGUCACCCCACAAUUUUCUAUGAUCACUACAUAGAAUGGGGACUAAUGGAGCCUAUAAAGAAAUUGACAGCAAUAAGGAAGAGGAAUGGAAUUACAGCUACAAGCAGUGUGAACAUUUUGGCUGCUGAAGGUGAUCUCUAUAUGGCCAAAAUUGAUGAUAAGAUUAUUGUUAAGAUUGGACCAAAAUUGGAUCUUGGAAACCUUCUUCCAUCAAAUGCAGUGGUAGCUACUAAUGGACAAGAUUAUGCUGUGUGGGAAAUUAAGUGA